AUGAUUGUUCUGCUGAACGGUAUCGGUGUGUUACUUCCAUGGAAUAUGUUUAUCACUAUCGCGCCAAAUUACUACGUCGAAUACUGGUUUACAGUCGACGGCAAUAAAACGAGCUAUGCGAAGAGCUUUAUGAGUGCUCUCGGAAUCACCGCUCAGAUUCCAAAUUGCCUCAUGAGCAUUAUCAAUAUGUCUCAAAUCAUUGGGGGUUCGCUCAUGAUUCGAAUCGCCGGGCCGCUCACUGCAAAUUGUGUAAAUGUCGCCAUCAUUCUUUCUCUAGUCAUUUUUCAGGAUCCGUCUCAAAAUGCCAUGAAUUGGUUCUACAUUGUAUCACUAACAAUAGUCAUGGUGAUGAACGCAUGCAACGGUCUAUACCAGAACUCGGUAUUCGGCUUAGCAGCUGACUUUCCUGCUACCUACACAAACGCUCUCGUAGUCGGUACCAAUAUCUGUGGCACCUUCACCAGCCUUCUCUCAGUCGUGACCACCGUAGCAUUUCCGACCAACUACAAGGCGGUUGCAUUGAUAUACUUCUCAAUUUCACUCGGGACACUCCUUCUUUCUUUUCUUAAGAAAUUCUACAAGUUCUACGUGAAGAAGGGGGAGCUCACUCGUAUAGCCGAACAUUCUACCCGGCCUAGCUUACGACAGUUUUACGAGACCUUCAAAAGUUGCUGGAUGCAACUUUUGAGUAUCUUUCUGGUAUUCUUCGUCACUCUAUCUGUGUUUCCCACCGUACUUGCCGGUACUACGCCCAAUAAAAAAGGCGAACCAUGGAACAAGGAGCUGUAUCCUGGCAUCACAACAUUCUUAAACUUCAAUCUGUUCGCUGCUAUCGGAUCAUCAACGGCACAUUUCAUUCAAUUUCCGGGACCAAAGCUGCUGAUGGUUCCUGUGGUCGCACGACUCCUUUUCAUCCCAUUCUUCAUGCUCUGCAAUUACAACGUGGAUGAUCGCGUUAUGCCCGUACUUUUUGAAAAUGAAUGGUUCUUCAUCAUUGGGAACACACUCAUGGCAUUUACGAGUGGUUAUUUCAGCUCACUUGGUAUGAUGUAUGCUCCCAGAGUCGUACCGAGCUCCCUUUCAAAAACCGCGGGGAUGGCAGCUGCGUUAUGUCUUGUUACGGGUGAGUUCUCUAGGUUUGUCAUCACAUAA